AAACUUGGUUCGCCACCAACCAGCACACUGAACAACAUGGCCGCUCCUCGAAUACUUGGUGUUCAAUUGGAUGGCGAUGAAAUCAAUAUCGAUCUUGAUGAUCUUGAUGAUCUUGAUGACGAUCCUGAGGAAGUCUAUGUCGUUCUCACGGACUCCAAAUCCGCCGCCUGGAUGUGGAGAACGGUCGCGAUCGAGUACUGGGAGAAGGGGAACAUGGCGCGUGUAGAGGACACUAUUCGAAGAGCCAUUUCUGUGUACGAAAGACAAGGCAGGGAUGGUCAUGAAAACUGGCAGGCAAUGCAGCCGCUACUUGCCAACUUUCUCCUCGCAAAAGCAAGAGACGCUCCUAAGCUUAUAUUGCGCACCGCGCAGGAAGAUAAACUCGAUUCAAAGGUUCAGGAGAAAUCCGUCUAUAUCAAUGAAGCUGCGACAAGCAUGGUACGAAUGGACAGUGCUGUUCCCAAGCUGUCAGUUGUUCAGCUGCUGUCAAAAGCUGUUUCCCCGCUCGCUGAAAACGCGAUUGACGCGGCUGGGCGUACCUUCGAUGAGAUCCUCCAACAGCAACAAAACAACCCUGUCGCUCUCAUGGGGAAGGGCCGCAUAUACUUCCAAGAAGCGCUCAAAUACGCACCGGAUUUGCUCCCCGACCCGCGCGUUGGCAUCGGUCUGUGUGCCUGGUCGCUGGGCGAUCAGGAUCGUGCAAGACGCGCGUGGCAGCGAUCGUUGGAAGUUCACCCCGACCUCCCUGCGCCACAGAUUCUCAUUUGCCUCAGUCUACUCAACGAUGCGAAAGACAAGCGUCGAGAUCAGAGAGAGCGCUCACGAGCGUAUAGUCAAGGUAUCAAGGGCUUGGCUGCUCUCUUUAGAGACAAGGGGAAGCAUUGCGCUAUCGUAGCGGACGCGCUUAGUGCGUACUUCAUGGAGAGGAAGGAGUGGGACAAAGCCGUCAAAGCUGCCGAACGAACGAUUCAGUUCGCUGAUCUGCGAUCCGUAGUGUCAGACGGCUACAUGCGUCUCGGCCGUAUCGCACAUCUCCGAGGCGACUUGCCGCAGGCGGUUGAGCAGUAUGGGAUAUCAGUUGAUCGGAACGAAAAAAACCAGCUGGCCAGGACUGGACUGGGCCAGGUUCACAUACUCACCAACGAGAUACCCGCCGCAAUCCACGAUUAUGAACUCUUGCUAUCCGAUAAUCAAAAUCUCAUCGAAGCUCUUCUUCCUCUUACAUCCCUGCAAGCGUCAGCCUGGCCAGGUGCAAGCCCGGUAGAGCAGGACGCGGGCAAGGUCCGCGCUCGCCAGCUGUACGAUCGCGCUGCACGGAUCAUCAAGGGCAAGGAGGUCGAGACCGAAGGUAUGGAGGAUCCGGAGCUGUGGGUCGAGGUAGCCAAGCUAUGGCAAGCGGAGGACUCGAACAAAGCGCGCGACGCAUAUGCUCGUGCUGUCGAACUCGCGCGCGAGACUGCAGAUCCGGAAAAGGGCGUCGACCCGAAGCUGCUUAAUGCACUUGCGGUCAUCAGACAUAUCCACGGUGGCGAGACUGGUCGUACAGAGGCCAGAGACCUGUACCAGGAAGCGUUGGUAGGCGCGACAAAGGCGGAAGAAGGUCCGGAAAACGAGAUGGUGCAGACCGCUACACUGUAUAACCUCGUUCGUUGUUGGGAGGCGUUGGGCGAGCAGACCCAGGCACAGGAGGCAUACCAGAAGUUGUUGAGCAGACAUCCAGAAUAUGUCGAUGCAAAAGCGCGCCUUGCGCACGUUUACCAACAGCGAGGUCGUAUCGAUGAGGCACAUGGGCUGCUCAAGGAUGCCCUAGAAUCUCAGACAGACAACCUCGACCUGCGAGCGUAUUACACCUACUUCCUCCCCUCACACAAGCAGUCACGUCAAUCCUCUAAAUUUGCCGAACUUACUCUGUCAAAUUACGACAAGCACGAUGUUUACGCACUCUCUGCUGUCGCGGCCGAUUUGUGUUCUGCUGCGCGAGAGAACAGGGACACUGGAAGCGAGGCGAUCAAAGUCCGGCGGAAACAUUUCCAGAAUUGCGCGCAAGCGUACGACAAAGUGCUCAGCCUCGACCCCAAUUGCGCUUACGCCGCCAUGGGGUUGGCAAUUAUGAUCGCAGAGGAUGCCCUAGGCGGCCUGGCAGGUGCACCCGUACCUGGCGUGGACGAGGCACGCGAGAGGGAACGGAAUGCUGCUGAGGCGCUGGGCGUGUUUGGUCGGGUGAGGGAGAGCAUCAAUAACGGCAGCGUGCUUGUGAACAUGGGGCAUUGUUAUUACACACUGGAACAGUUCCAAAAGGCGAUUGAGAGCUACGAGCUUGCUUCACGUUACUAUAACGGGAAGGACUUUGCGGUUCUGCUGCACUUGUGCUGUGCCUGGUACGCAAAAGCAAACUUGGAGCAGAACCGUGAGGGAAUGGAGACCGCGCUAGAUUACGCGAAGAAGGCUCUCGCCCUCGCACCCGAAGAUAAAGCGACGGUAUAUGACAUUGCUGUUAUCCAGCAGAAGUUUGCCGAGCUCUUGUUCUCCCUACCUCCGGACAGGCAAACGCUGGAAAAUCUGCAGGAGGCGAUUGACCAGGCUCAGGAGGCACAGGGGAUGUUUGCCGCCCUGGUGGAGGACAAAUCCCCUGUCAUGCCUUUUGCGAGGGAUUUGCCAGAUCAGAGGAGACGGUAUGGGGAGACGGUGCUGAGGAAGAGUGGGGAGCAUGUAGAGGCGCAGAAAGCGUAUGAGCAAGAGGUGGUGGCGAAGACCGAGGCUGCGCGGGCUAUGCAGGAGGAGGAGAGGAAGCGCAAGCGACCAUCUCCGAUUCUGACGAGAGAUGAGCGAUUAGAAGAUGAAAUGGUUGCUGUUGUUGGUAUUGUUGUUGAUGUUAUCCUCUAUCUCCCCAUCACCUCACCUCCUGACCACCACCACCAACCAUGUCCUCCGUCUUCCAGCUUCGUGCCGUUCUUGUUCAAGGUGCUUGCUAUUAGGAAGGCGCUGAGUAUCCAAGCGCACCCGGAUAAAGCGCUCGCACAGAGGUUGCAUAGGGACAAGCCCGAAUGGUACAAGGACAGGAACCACAAGCCGGAGAUGGCCAUCGCGCUCACCCCCUUUUCAGGGUUCUGCGGCUUUCUCCCUCGCCAGGAUAUCCAACGUAACCUCACCCUCGUCCCCGAGUUCAGCGCACUCAUCACUGCCCCUGCGAGGGAGGCGUUCCUCUCCGUCCCUGCACCUGGCCAGGAGGAUCCUUGUACUAUUCCAGACAUAGAAGCAAUCAUCCAUGCAUUUGCCAUGGGCUUCUCUUUUCCAGAAAUGUAA